AUGAUAGGUUCUGAAUACAAGAGGGAGUGGCACCACCACCUAAGAAGCGCACUAUGGGCAAACCGCAUAACACCCAAACAGAUUCUAAAAAACUCCCUGUACAAGCUAGUAUAUGGGAAAUAUGCACUUUUCCCCAUGUCACUAGAGAUCCCGACGUUGCAAUUGCUAGAAUCAAUGGAAGUUGCCAAAAAUGGCCCCAUGGCCGUAAGGUUGGUAGAGAUUAUGGAGCUAGAAGAAGCGAGGGAGGCAGCUUUCAUGGCUCUCCAAGACAGACAGGAAGUCAUCAAAAGAUGGUUUGACGGUAAAAAGAGUUCUAAUCUAAUUUUUGCCCUCAGAGACCUCGUAUUGAAAUAUAACGAGAGGAUGGCGAAACCUGGUCAGCACGCCAAGUUCGACUGCCUAUGGGAGGGACCUUUCCGCAUUAUAGGUUGCAAAGGUUUCAAUGCUUUCGAGUUAGAAGACAUGAAUGGGGACCCCCUCCCCAUCCCGUUAGAAUCAAGCAAGCAGAUAGAGAAAGAAGAGAAAACAGAUAAAGGAGAAAAGCAAAAAUCGAUUAUAUUAAGAGCUUCUUAUAUUUUCGUUACAAAAUGA